AUGGACAGUUCAUGGUGCUUGUUUCUGUGUAGUGAUGCCAGCUUGAAAGAUGCGCUGUCAGAUUCCGACUCUGACUUGGGCAGCACGGAGCAGCUUGACCAGGGCAGCACGGACACCUUGGCCAACGGCUGCAGGGCAGAUAGCGAGGCUGCCAAGAGGUUGGCCAAGCGCCUUUACAACCUCGAAGGGUUCAAGCGCUGCGAUGUGGCACGUCAGCUCGGGAAGAAUAACGAGUUUAGCAAGUUGGUAGCAGAGGAGUACCUCAGCUUCUUUGACUUCACUGGCCUGACCCUUGACAAAGCACUCAGGACAUUCUUGAAAGCAUUCCCACUGAUGGGAGAGACACAGGAGCGGGAGCGUGUGCUCAUCCAUUUCUCCCGGCGGUACUGCCAGUGCAACCCAGAGGAGAGCACAUCCGAAGAUGGGAUUCAUACGCUCACUUGUGCCCUGAUGCUGCUAAACACAGACCUCCACGGCCAUAAUAUUGGCAAGAAGAUGUCGUGUCAACAGUUCAUAGCAAAUCUGGAUGGGCUGAAUGAUGGGAAAGACUUUGCAAAGGAUUUGCUGAAGACACUAUAUAACUCCAUCAAGAAUGAGAAGCUGGAGUGGGCCAUUGAUGAGGACGAGUUGAGGAAGUCGCUCUCGGAGCUGGUAGAUGACAAAUUCGGAGCCAGCGCCAAGAAAGUGACAAGGAUUGUUGACAGCAGCAACCCCUUCCUGGACAUCCCCCAAGCGCUGAACGCAGUCACCUACAAACAUGGUGUCCUCACGCGGAAAACCCAUGCAGACAUGGAUGGGAAGAGAACUCCCAGAGGAAGAAGAGGCUGGAAGAAAUUUUAUGCUGUGCUUAAAGGGACCGUCCUUUAUUUACAAAAGGAUGAAUACAAACCUGACAAAGACCUCUCUGAAGUGGAUCUGAAAAAUGCCAUCCGUGUGCACCACGCCUUAGCCACCAAAGCCUCUGACUACAGCAAGAAGUCCAACGUGCUCAAGCUGAAGACAGCUGACUGGAGAGUCUUCCUCUUCCAGGCCCCAAGUAAGGAAGAAAUGCUCUCCUGGAUCCUGAGAAUCAACCUUGUUGCUGCCAUUUUCUCUGCCCCAGCCUUCCCAGCUGCUAUCUGCUCCAUGAAGAAGUUCUGCCGCCCACUCCUGCCUUCAUCCAUGACCAAGCUGUGCCAGGAGGAACAGCUGAGGUCUCAUGAAAAUAAAAUGAAGCAGAUUGCAGACGAAUUAGCAGAGCAUAAAUUACAUCCUGUAGAGAAGAGCCUUAAGUCAAAGGAGGCUGAGGAAUACAGACUCAAAGAACAUUACCUAAUAUUCGAGAAGAGCCGCUAUGAGACAUACAUCAACCUGCUGUGCAUGAAGAUAAAAGUUGGGACAGAUGACCUGGAGAGGAUUGAAACCAGUUUCUUUAAGGUGGAAGCUGACGACAUUGCUUUGCGGAAGACACAUUCCAGCCCUUCCUUGAGCCAAGGGCACAUGUCCAUCAGCUGUAAGGUGGAAAAGGACAUUUUAGAGCAGAAAACUUAACAAGGAAUGCGCGCACAGUGGGAUGAACCGACGAUGUUUUGCUCCUAGAACAGAUUGAUGAGCACAAUUUUACCUAGGAAAUUACAUGAGCAAAACCAUAGACGUGUAUGACACGGUGAUUGCUCUAGUGAAAGAAAUCAAAGAAGCUUUAGUUGACACUCUCUGGCAAUGCUCUGGCAUUUCAGCAUCAUAGACACACCAUCUCUUCCUCAUCUCCAACAGCACCAGUGGCUUUUAUUUCCCUCCUACCACAGCCUGUACAACAAAUGGAUGUGCUGGUUCUCUAAGGGCCAGGUUGCUCUUUUCUCCACCAGCCCUCUCUCCUCCUCCUUCUCUCCCUGGAGUCCCCUCCAGUUCAUGUCCACAGCGCUCGGCAGUGCAGGAAACUGAGCCGAGAUGUUGGUCUGUGGCACCAGCAGCGCUCCCAGAGAAGGGCACAGCAUGGUGGGGAGCAGGUCCCUCCCAUGAGAGGAGCACCGGUCAGCAGGGUGACAGCA